AUUGAAUAUAUUUAUAACUAAUAAUGAUAACAUUUACCCUGUAGGUGAUAUAUCUCAUAUUUUUGCUGCUUUUAGCAGUCGCUAAUUAAAAAAAGAAAAAGUGAGUGGUUUUCAGUUGCCUAAUUGGGAAGUGGUAUUUUGCGCAUAUUCUCUUUUUUAAGCUCUAGAUAUUUGCUCAUACCAAUCCUUAAGAUCUGAUAAAUUUUUGAUAUUUAAAAGGAAUAUAAAGUGAUAUGUGUUUCCUUUAAAUUAUUUAUAAAGUUUCGUAUUAUCUAUCUGAUAUUAGUUCAUUCGUUUAGACUAAUUACAUUCAUUUCUUUAAGAUUUUGGUUAUUACCAGUUUCACUCACUCAUAGAAUCAUAUAAUAGUUAAUCAGUAAGCAAAAAAUGGAACGUCGUCAUGCAGGUCAUGGAGACAUGGAAAUGGCAGGAAUGGAUGCUAGUACAACUAUGGCUAUGUCAAUGGCACUGGCUACAGCAUCAAGUGUAAUGUCAAUGGCCACUGGCAUGGAUAUGGAUAUGGGAGGUAUGUCAGAAAUGCAUAUGUAUUUUACUACUCAAUUUAAAGAUUAUCCAGUGUUGUUUAAAGGCUUAACUGCAUCUAAUAAAGGUCAAGCGUUUGGUAUCUUUGUUUUGUUAUUCUUUGUUGCAUUUGUUGCUAGAGGUUUAGAGUUUGUUAGACUUUAUCUUGAACAAAAAGUGUGGAAAAAUCCAAACUAUAUCAACAAUUUUGAACAACAACCAAAAAUUCCAGGCUUCCUUGGAAAUGAAACAUCCCAAUCUCAUGAUAGUAUUCAAAAAUCAGAUUCCAUUGGAUUACAUUCUCAUCAAGUUGAAUCUGAUGUCAGUUCAUAUAGUUCCACUACUUUACCAAUCGCAUCUAGAUUUUUCAGAGAUAUAUUGAGAUUAGCUUUAUGUAUUCUUCCUGAUCUUUUAGGUUAUUCCUUAAUGUUGGCUGCUAUGUCUUAUACAUUGACAUACUUUUUUGCUGUUGUUGUUGGUUCUGGUGUCGGUAGAUUUUACUUUGAAAAAUUAUCCGGAAAGCAUAACCUUAGAUCUGGAGGAUUUUCUCUGCAUUGUUAAAUCACUGUGAAAAAGCUAAUGAAAUAAUGUAAAUUUGAUAUCCAACAAGUUAUUAAAAUGUGUAUAUUAGAGUAU